AUGUCAAAGGCGAAUACGAAAAAUGCAAAGGGUAAUUUAAAAAACGCUCGUUCGCGGAGUAACGACAAGACGAUCACUGAUGAGAAGACGAGCACGAAUCAAUCGGUGAAGAAAGGGAAAAAAUCGAAAGGGUCUAUGAAAGUAACAAAAUUGAAAAAGUCGGCGUCGAAAAUCAAUAAAUCAACGAAAAGCGCGCAUCAGGGAAAUGCGAGAUCACCUCCAAAAAAGUCGAAAGAAGAGAAAACUGGACUGAAAACCACGAAUUCCAUCAUGAAUUGUUCGACGAAACCAGCCGGCAAGAAAGAAAAAUGGGUGGGUGAAGAAGCAGCGAUAAGCUGGACAAAUGCCUUGUCCGCCGUCAACAUGAUCAAUGAUUUUGGCGAUCUUCAAAAAAUGCCGGUCAACAAUGAGCGGUGCAAGAUUUGGCAGACGAACAUGCAUCGGAAUCGGCAUCCGGACUAUAAAAUUUACGAUGAUAAUCGAGUUGUCAUUCAAAUGUCUAAAAACGAUUACAUUAACGGAUCAAAGAUCAAUAUACCAAAUUUCAGUCGUAAUACCUAUCUUGUGCAAAUUCCGAAGCUAGAAAUGAUCGACGCGGUGGAAGAAUUCUGGAGAAUGGUUUUUACGGAACAAUGCGCCUCCGUGCAUAUUCUCGCGCUGCCGUCGGAACUUGAGAAAGGCUUCGACUGCCUGUUCGCACAGGAAGCCGGCGGAUACCUUUAUGCCAACGGGUUCUUCAUUAAUACACGCAAAGUUGAAAAGAAUGCGUCCGACAAAUUGGAUAAUUAUGUUGUCGAGCUUCUGCCAGAAGGCUGUUCGAAUUCGGUUAUGUGUUCAGUGUACAUUCAUAUGUAUUGGAAGCAACAAGGCGGGCCCGAGAAGUUUCAUGCGCCAAUAAAAGCAGCUCAAAUGAUAGCAAAGAAUGACAUUGAUAAUAGUCCAAUUGCUAUUGUGAGUGUGCGAGGAGCUGGCCGAAACUCUGCACUUUUGACAUUAGCAGUUAUUGUGCAACAAUUCAACAAAGGAAUGGUGCCAAAUAUCAAGGAAAUCGUGCGGACAAUUCGUGAGCAGCGUCCACUUGCUGUCGAUAGUGUCACACAGUACAUCUCGCUGUACUUGGCAACAUGUUGGCUCAUCAAAGCCAAACUCCCAUCGAACGUUGAUGUGCAGAACAAGCUGAAGAAGUUCCGCACGAAAUGCGAUCCGUCAUCGUCGCAAAUGUCGAUAACUACAGAGAACCAUUAG